CCGUCGGCUGGGCCCGGAGGAGUCCUUGGGCUCGUGGAUCGCGGGGGCGGGUCCGGCCCCUCUUCCUGGCUGGCGGCCUUGCUCCUUUGUGACUGAGGUUGCUGCGCGCCGGGAGUGGCCGCUUCAGGAAGUCGUCCUCGGAGCGGAAGUGGGGAAUGGCUCCCUCGAGUGAUGUGAGCAAGUGAAGGGCGUUCUCCCGGGACUGUGCGGCUCUGGUGGGUGUGAGCGAAGGUAAUCCCGGGCAGGCUCUCCUCCGACUUCCGAUUUAAAUUAGAUUUGAAAAUGAUUAAGUGCAGAAAGCCAUCAGUUGAGCAGCCACCAAGUUCUGAGACCUUCAGCCCAGAUGUUCUUGCUGACAUUUCUGAACUCUUUUCCAAGAACUUCUCUUACGGCAAGCCAGUUAAUGGUGAGUGGCAGUUACCAGAUUCCACUGAGAUUUUCACUUGUGGCCACACAGAAUUUAAUGCAUUUCUUGAUUUGAAGAACUCCCUAAAUGGAGUAAAAAACCUUCUGAAUGACAAGAAACUAGAUGAAUGGCAUGAGCACACUGCCUUCACUAAUAAAGCAGGAAAAGUCAUUGCUCAUGUGAAAAAGUCUGUGAAUGCUGAACUUUGUACUCAGGCAUGGUGUAAAUUCCAUGAGAUUCUGUGCAGCUUUCCAGUUAUUCCACAAGAAGCUUUUCAGAGUGGAAAACUGAAUUCUUUACACCUUUGUGAAGCUCCGGGAGCUUUCAUAGCUAGUCUUAACCACUACUUAAAGUCCCAUCCCUUCCCUUGUGACUGGAGUUGGGUAGCCAAUACCCUGAAUCCAUACCAUGAAGCAAAUGACAAUCUUGUGAUGAUUAUGGAUGACCGGCUGAUUGCAAAUACCUUGGAUCAGUGGUACUUUGGUCCAGAUAAUACUGGUGAUAUCAUGACCCUGAAAUACCUGACUGGACUUCAGGAUUUCCUAAGCAGCAUGGCAACCAUUCACUUGGUCACUGCAGAUGGGAGUUUUGAUUGCCAAGGAAACCCAGGCGAACAAGAAACGUUAGUUUCUUCUCUGCAUUACUGUGAAGUUGUCACUGCUCUGACCACUCUUGGAAAUGGUGGCUCUUUUGUUCUAAAGAUGUUCACUUUGUUUGAACAUUGUUCUAUAAACCUGAUGUAUCUACUAAACUGCUCUUUUGACCAAGUCCAUGUUUUCAAACCUGCUACUAGCAAGGCAGGAAACUCAGAAGUCUAUGUAGUAUGUCUCCGCUAUAAGGGAAGAAAGGCCAUUCAUCCUCUGUUAUCUAAGAUGGUGCUGAAUUUUGGGACUGAAAUAACUAGCAAAGCCCUCUUUUGCCAUUAUAUGAUCCCUAAAUCUUUUCUUGAAAGACAUGAGGAAUGCUGUGCAUUCUUUCAUAAGUACCAGCUUGAAACCAUUUCUGAGAACAUUCGUCUGUUUGAGUGCAUGGAAGAAGAGGACCAAACAAAACUCAGUCAUUUAAGGGAUUGUGCUGUGCAAUAUUUUAUGCAAAAAUUUCAGUUGAGGCCUCUUUCUAGAAGUAAUUGGCUUGUUAAAAAAUCUAACAUUGGUUGUAGUACAAAUACAAAAUGGUUUGGACAGAGGAACAAAUAUUUUAAAACUUAUAAUGAAAGGAAAAUGCUGGAAACACUCUCAUGGGAAGAAAAAGUAGCCAAAGGGUACUUUAAUAUUUGGGCUGAAGAACAUGCUGUCUACCAUCCUGGGCAAACUUCUGUCUUAGAAAGGACAGCUUCCAGUCUUGAGUGUCACUCAUGGCAUAUCUUACAAGGAAAGAGACUACCAAAGGUGAAGUGUUCUUCUUUCUGUGAUGGAGAAAUUUUAAAAACUCUUAAUGAAGUAAUUGAAAAGUUGGGAGAAACUUUGAAUUCGGAUUCCAAGUUUAGGUCAAAACAGCAAUAUUGUUGUCACAUUUUUUCAGAGGAAUUGAUAUUUUCUGAGUUAUUUAGUCUUACCAAGUGCCUUCAGGAUGAGCAGAGUACAGAACCCAACAACCAGAUAAAGUGCCUGCUUGUGGGCUUACCAACUCUCUAUGAUGUCAAAAUGCACCGACCAUUGGAAGUUCAGUUCCUGGAAUCAGUUGAACUCAUGACUUUCAGGUGUUCAUUGCUUCAUGAUGGAGACCCAACUUACCAGCAUUUGUUUCUGGACUGCCUUCUACAUUCACUACAGCAACUUCAUACAGGAGAUGUGCUGGUUUUGCCUGUACUUUCUUGUUUAUCGAGAUUUAUGGCUGGCUUGAUCUUUGUUCUCCACAGUUGUUUUAGAUUCAUUACAUUUUCUUGUCCCACAUCCUCUGAGCCCCUGAAGACCUGUGCUGUCCUACUAUGUGUGGGUUAUCAGAAUCUUCCAAAUCCAGUUUUCCAAUAUCUGCAGAAUAUUAGUGAAUUACUGAGUACUUUGCUUCACUCUAAUGCACCCCAUCAGGUUUUACAGUUUGUGCCUAUGGAGGUACUCCUUAAGGGUGCACUGCUUGAUUUUUUAUGGGAUUUGAAUGCUGCCAUUGCUAAAAGGCAUUUGCAUUUGAUUACUCAAGGGGAGAGAGAAGAAAUCAACAGCCUUGAGUUAUGAAAUUGUGAACAGUUCCUUCUAAGAUUCAUUUUGUGACUUUCAGUUUCCAUUGUUGCUAAUGUGCUGUAUUUAUUUGAUGCCUUUCAUUUUGGGGAAAGACCAAUUUUUGUAUAUAAAUACAUUAAUUCUGGGAACUCAUCAACUGGUUCUGAUCUUAAGAAUACACACGUCCAUAGCCAUAGAGUUCUUCCUUGUGAUGGGAUCUGUGGUGGUGAUAUUCACCCUGUAGUCAUGAGGUAUCUGUGUGGGUAAACAUGCCCCUGCUAAUGUGUGCCAUCUCAUUGGUGUUACCUGCCGAAGAUUUGCACCUGUGUGCCUUCAUUCAGUCUUUUCCCAACUAAUUUCCUCUCUAUGGCUAAUGCUGUUAAUGAACUGGUAGAGGUUAUUCAUGGAGUCACUCCUUGGUAGUAUUGAAGGGCAUUUAACAUGUCAAUUAUGGAUCCAGGGAACUGUGUACCAGGCUUCUUGAUAUGUGCCUUUCGUUACCUCUAGACCUUGGGCUUACAUUGCCUCUACACUAUAGACUCAAUUUUCUUUUGUUUCAGAUGAAACUAGUAUGAUUUUUUUUGUGGCUGUUUUACUAAUAAACGUUCAGCUAAUAAAAGAUUAGAACAGCUUCAAGCCAAAGAUCAUGUUUAAAAGAAUGAAAAAUUGUGUCUAGCACUCCUAUAUCAUGAAAGAUUUCAUUUAGAAAAUUGUAAUUUUUAAUUUCCAGGAAGUAAUCAAUUCAUGAAAAAAAUAUUGUUUCAAGGCUUCAUUUAUAUUAAAAAGCCUUAUUUUGGGACACAUGAAUGUGAUAAACAUAAUGUACUAAAGAAGAAUUGAAUACUUUCAGCAUGAUGGCUCAAUAUUUAAAAGUUUUAAAUUUUCACUAUUUUAUUUUUCCUUAUGAACAUAGCACUUUAAUAAAAUUAGCCAUAAGAUGGUAAUUUUAUCAGUUAUAUUUGAUUUUUAUGUAUUAGUAGUUGAGUUUUUCUGGCCAACUGUGUUAAUUAUCAUGAAGUUCCAUAAAGUAGAGAAUAUUUAUGGUCUCACACGUACAUUUUAGGGGUUUGUGUUGUAUGAAAAAUAGAAGUAUUCUUUGAUAUGUUUGGUUAAUAAAUGUUAAUUUGAAAAUUGUCAUAUUUGCCAUUUUUAUUAUUUAAAUUUUUUUGUAUAUUUUAUGUAUUUGAGAGGUAGAAAGAGGCAGAGAGAGGGAGAAAAUGGGUGCUCCAGGGCCUCUAGCCACUGCAAAUGAACUCCAGAUGCAUGCGCCCUUUGUACAUCUAGCUUACGUGGAUUUGAGUUCAUUAUAAUUCAUGAAUAAAGUCUCUUAACAGACAUUUAAAAAUAUUUAUUUAUUUAUUUAUUUGAGGGAGGUACAGAGAGAGAAAGAGAAUGGGCACGCCAAGGCCUCUAGUAAACGAACCCCGGACACAUGUGCCACCUUGUGCAUCUGGCUUUACCUGGGUCCUUUGGCUUUGACGGCAAGCGUCUUAACCACCAAGCCAUCUGUCCAGCCCUUAACAGACAUUUUUAUAUUCAUAGUUUGAAAGAGAAUCAUGCAGGAAAGUAAAACUGUCACUUGGGAACAGAUUAAAUUUUAAGGAAUGUUUGAGAGUUAAUAGUCCCUUAUUUCCUUUGAUUUUGUACCCAUUAAGAUUUAUUCCUUAAUAUUUAUGGAAGAUGUUUAGGAGGUGAGGAAGGGCAAAAUGUGGUGUGGAGAUAAAUUUCUGAAAGAAAUCUCUUCACUUUGGUGGCUUUCUGGAAGUGGGUUCUAGUAGGAUAGUUGAAAUCUAACAGAAAAUUAGCUACCAAGAGCUGCCUUUGGAGAACCAUUUUGCUUUAAUAGUCUUCAUGUCUUAUUAGUAAUAAUGUAGUUUAUUUUACUUACUUUAGCCAUUUAAUUAAAAUGUAGUUGAAAUUUAUAUUUAGAUGCUGAUACUAAAAUUUUCUAGGAUCCUUAAGGAUUAGUUUUUUACACUGAUAUGAAUUGGAAUAUAUAACAUUGGAAUAUACUGAAAUAUGUUUUUAAAAAACAUGGAUUGGAUUUUAGAGUCUGUUCAUCUGAUUUGUUCAAAUGCUUUAGAAGUGAGAGGUGACUUGAAAAAAUAUCAAAUUGAAUAGUUAUCAAGGACAACAUAAGAAUUUCUGUGACUAAAGGGAAGGAAAAUGCUACUUAAAAAAUGAAUAAAAGAAUAAAGGGUAAUAAAAAGAGAUGGUUUGUGUUGUUUCUCAAGGUGACUACUGUUCUUAACUUUUUUCCAUGUGUCUUAAGUUUGGUAAUUGUGAUACUUUUUGAAAGAAUUUAGCAGCUAGGAAUUGGAAAGUUCACAAAUGUGUCCUAAAAAGUUAGGUGAAAACUGGAUGUGGUGGUACAUGCCUGUAAUCCCAGCAGGAUUGUGGCAGGAGGAUCACAAUUUCAAGGAUAUCCUUGGUUACAGAGAGACUGAGGCCAGC